AUGACUUCCAAUGAAGGACAAGACCAGUCAGAGGAAAGACUGUCCCAGAUAAUGUUGGAAGCGACGUCUCUGUUGACUCAACUUCUCACAACCAAUCAUCCAGCCCCGUCAGACCCCAUUGUCCGAAAACUCGAUCCCCAUGAGAUACAAAGCAUGCAAGAUCAGGUUAUGCCUGAUGAGAAUCCCGGAGAUCUUGUCUCCGUCUUUCAACAAGCCAUGACAGUCUUUGAUUACCGCAUGCGCCUCAACCAUCCACAUUGCUUAGCCUAUAUACCAGCUUCUCCAAAUAUCUUCGCCCGUCUGGGUGAUCUUCUCACUUCUGUCUGGAAUGUAAAUGCUGUGAGUUGGGAUGUGAGCUCCGGGCCGAGUGCGGUUGAAAAGGCCAUGAUAGCCUGGCUGGGUGCCCAACUCGGACUACCAGAUUCUGUUGGAGGGUGUUUUGUCUCCGGGGGUUCGAUGGCGAAUAUGACGGCCAUAGUUGCAGCCCGAGAUGAGAGACUCGAUCCAAUGCAGCGAGCAAACGCUGUCAUCUACAUCUCCGACCAAACACACAUCUCUAUCAUGAAGGCGCUACAUAUAGCCGGCUUCAUGGAUUACCAGGUCCAAAAAAUCCCUACCGACGACGAAUUCCGCAUAGAUACGGAUAUCUUACGACACACCAUCACAACAGACCGCCAAUCCGGGCGUGUUCCUUUCCUCCUGGUCGCUAAUUGUGGGAGCACCAACACAGGCAGCAUCGACCCUAUCCACGCAUUAGCUGAUAUUGCACGAGAUGAAGGGAUCUGGCUACAUGUGGACGGUGCAUAUGGUGCAUCGAUUGCGCUUUCCAACAAGCAUGCCUCCCUUAUUGAUGGCAUCGGUCGCGCAGACAGUGUUUCUUGGGAUGGCCACAAGUGGCUUUUCCAGACAUACGGUUGUGGGAUUGUAUUGACCCGGCACGUUGAUUCUCUCCGGCGCAGCUUCGCCGUCGACGCCGAGUACAUCAGCAGUACCUUGGCACCACAGGGCACCACGAAUUUCUACAACCUUGGUCCAGAGCUCAGUCGCCCGGCGCGUGCCAUUCCGCUUUGGCUCACGCUCAAGGGUCUAGGUCGGCGUCGUGUCGGUGAAAUGAUCGACCAAGGGUUUCUUCUUGCCCGUACCGCAGAUACCAGUAUCAGGCAGUGCAGGAACUGGAUUAUUCCGGCGCCAACCGUUACUAGCAUUGUAGUUUUUCGAUAUGCACCUGGUGGAUUGAACAAGACAGAAUUAGAUUCAUUGAACACUGCUAUUUCCAAACGACUCAUGGCGGAGAAUAUCGCUGCUAUACUCACUACCAAAAUUCGCGGGCGAACUGCACUUCGAAUUUGUGCUAUGAAUCCGGCGGUGCAGCCGAAAACUAUCAAUGAUGUUAUACGCCAGGUGGACAAGGUCGCCCAAUCGGAGGUGGCCAAGUUUCAAAGGCCAUAUACAACGACUGUCAAGACUGUGUAUGCUCAUCUGCAAGAAUUUCCUAGUGUCGAUAUUCUGGAAGACUUUCAUUGA